GUGCACGCCUUUAAUCCUCUCUCAGCGACAAUGCUACUACGAAGAUAAUACUCAACCAUAUGCUUACGAACACGGCCCAGCGCUCCUGAGGGGGGUAUGGGUCAGCAAUGCGCUCCACGCUUGUUUGGGUCACCCCUUUAGCAGCGCUGCUUAUCUUUAGCAUAACUUAUGCGCCAGCUGUAUUGGGAAGGAAGCCAUGCCCCGAGGGCUGCACAACGUUUGGGACAUGUAAUGAGGAGCUAGGAAGAUGUGACUGCCCAUGGAACUACACAGGACCGGCGUGCUUGACGCCGCACAAAGGCUUUUGCGUGAAACGCGUUGGCGUAGAUAACCCUAUAAAUACCUGCAAGCAUGGCGAUCCAACUCUUUGUGUGAACGCCUGCAACAGCAGGGGUGACUGCAAAGGAGGCUUUUGCCGCUGCAAGCCUGGCUACUUUGGGACGGACUGCUCUUUGUCUUACAAUGAUCAGGGAAAGGUCGAGGUCCUCGCGGGUACAAACUACCGGCUGAAUAAGAGAGGUCCUCGUAUCUAUGUUUAUGAUAUCCCCCCGGACUUCCAUGUCAAGCGCGACAUCCAUCAAGCUGACCGACCACCGCUCCAGCUUGCGCUUAUGGAGCGCAUACUAUCGGGUGGUUAUCGCACGGCGGACCCUGAAGAGGCGGACUUCUUUUACAUUCCCGGCAGCGCGCGUGACUUGAAGAAAGCCUACUUGUUACAACCUCUGCUGUCGUACGUUGCCGAAACAUGGCCCUACUGGAACCGCACCGGCGGAGCCCGGCACAUCAUGCCCGCCGAGGGCGAUGUGGGCACCUGCGAGCUGCCGCUCAUGGUCCGACAGAUGGCGGUCAACAUGACGUGGCUGCAGUUCUGGGGCAUGUACGACUUCCACCCGCACUGGGGCCAGAUCUUCCACAACCGCAUCCCGUGCAUGGUGCCCGGCAGGGACAUCGUGGUCCCCUUCAUGGCCAUGUCCAGCCACGACCGCUUCGUGAUCGAGACGCCGCUGCACCCGCGCAACCGCCAGCGCAACCGCACGCACACCUUCUUCUUCGCGGGAGGGGUGUGCGGCAGCGGCAACCGGCGCGCGCUGCCGCCCAACUGCAACUACUACAAGCAAGUGCGGUACAGCGGGGGAGUGCGACAGGCGGUCUACCUCCACUUCCACAACCGCACCGGCUGGCGGGUGGUGCCCGGCACCGACGACUACGCGCGCGACUACGCCUCCUCCACCUUUUGUCUGGCGGCUGCGGGCGGCGGAUGGGGCAAGCGCGGCAUCGUGGCUGCCAUGUACGGCUGCAUCCCCGUGGCGGCCACCGACAUGCUGUACGAGGCGUUCGAGCCGGAGAUGGACUGGGGCAGGUUCGGUGUGCGCAUCCCGCAGUCCGACAUCCCCCGCCUGGCGGAGCUGCUGGAGUCGUUCAGCCCGCAGCAGGUGGCGGCCAUGCAGGCGCGCACCGCCUGCGCCGCGCAGCACCUGCACUGGAGCACCAACCUGGGGGGCAUCAUGGGGGAAACAGGCGAGUUCGACGCCUUCCACACCAUCAUGGCCAUCCUGCGCAUGCGGCGCAAGCGGCCCGACCUGCCCCCGCAGCGCUACUACGCGGAGGACGCGGAGUUCCGGGACUUCAUCGACUGCAAGCCAUUCCGGCCCUCCGCGCGGCACCCCCCUCUCUGCACCAUGUACGUUGGGCCCGGCAUGGAGACACGCGGCUUCGAGGACGCCUGCCCGCCCGCCCGCUAUUACUUCCGCCGCAAGAUGGGGCCGCCGGGAGGUGCCAUCUGCGCGCUGUCACCCAGCCCCGCCUCCUGCCCCAUCUUCGACUGAGUUCCCAUGCUCGACUGAGGCUGGGGCCGGGGCAGAAGGUAGAGGCAUGUGUGCGCGAGAGGGGCAGGGCGGCACAGCAGCAAACCAGACAGAAGCAGCAGCGGGAGACAGCAAGCAGGGCGCUGAGAUACCAGGCGCGCUGCAGCUUGACAUGAACGCAGCAUGACGAGGGCCAAGGGGCGGAGGCGGCGGAGCCGAGGAGGAGGAGGAGUCGAGGAGGUGGAGGAGGGGGGUGUUGCUGCGUCCGGGGGCCGCUGAGGCUGCCCCGGAGAGACGCCCCCGAGUCCCCCGCUCCCCCGCUGUGCACCAUGUUCGUGAGUCCGCUGGUCACCAAGUAUCCGGACACCUGCCCCAAGGAGCUCUUCAGGUUCUACAUGCGCCGCAAGAUGGGGCCGCCGGGCGGGGCUAUCUGUGUGGGAGCCAAGGACCUCGCCUCGUGCCAGCGCUUCUGACCGACAGAUUGACAGAUACAUGAUACUGAGAGAACUGGACGUCUAUGUGUGGCCGAGUGUGUAGUUGAGCGGGUCGUAGUGGUGGCAUGGAGGUGUUUCGUCUGGUGUGCGUCCUGGCAGACUUGAGGAUGUUUUUGCGGCGUUGCACUUGUGCAAGAAACACAUGAGGCGUUGAUGCAUAGCCAGCAUUUACUGGAAGGUUGACAAUGUGAGGAUGGAAUGACGAGGGGAUGCGAGGCAGGCGCUCACUGUCUACCAUGGACACCGUGGAAGUGGUGAUAAUUAUGCGUGGCG